AGCAUGCUGUGCGUCAGGGCAAGUCAAUGAGGAUUAAUGGCAGCCAUACUUGCAGUGACGAGCUUCACGCUCCCGAUUUGUUUACAAAUAACUAGUUGUACUUAUAACAGUUAGCUUCGGUAUGUAAUUAUUCAAUUUUCGUUUGAAAGCUGUGCUCGAUGCGAAGUCACGUUGGUGUGAUCAAACUGAAGAUCUGUGACGUGGUUGGAACAGGGCGAACACGUGAUUAGGAAAAGAAUUUGCUCAUAGCUCAUUGUGCAUUUGGCCUUCGGACGCCAUGAUGAAAGCAAGACAAGAAGCAAGAUGAGUCAGGACAUACUUUCAGCCAUCGAUGACUUGAACACUCCCUUGUUUGGACCUGCGGAACCAAGCAAGUCUGGUGGUGGGGGAAGUCGUUCGGGUUCUACUCGGUCUUCAUCUGAGACUGGGAAAAAUGUGAACUCAAAGCAGAAGUCUCCUGGCAGAGAUGCAAAUGAUGAUGAGAAAGACAGCAGUGAUUCUGAAUCAGGAACAAGCAACUCAACCAAUGAAUCGGGAUCUGAGUCCGGUUCUGAAUCUGGAUCAGGCUCAGACUCAGAAUCUGAUUCCUCGAAAUCAUCUAAAAAGUCUGAGAAAUCUGAGAAGUCUCUUACUUUAGGUAAAAAGUCUGGAAGUGAUGAUGCCUCCAAUUCAGAGGCAGCAUCCAAUUCUGAAGAUGAAGAAAAACAGGAGAAGGAAGAAGGAAAAAGAAAGAGACAGGUGCCCAGAAUUGAAGACACAGACUCUCAAGACACACAGCAGAGUGGUACGAAGGGUGCUCGUAAAAGCAACAUUAUUGAAAUGAAGCAGGAAUGGGAUCAGCAGCCAGCACUUUAUGGAAUUCGUCGAUCUGAGCGCUCAAGACGUGAAGUGCAGAGAUAUGUUCCAGUGCAGGGAAGUGGAAGUGAUGGUGAUGGUGGCAAAAGGAAAAGGCGAGGAGACAAAAGAAAGGAUUCUGAGGACUGGGUUGUUAGUCAAGAAGAAGACAGUGAAAAUGAUAGUGGAUCUGAGGAGGAGUUUCGACCAGCUAGAAACACCAGAGCUACACGUGGUAGUGCAUCUAAACCUACUUCAAAGUCAGUUAAACGAACCACGAGGGGAAAAUCAGCUUUGUUAUCUAGAAGCAGACAAAGAAAGCUCUCAUCUUCAGACUCAUCAGAAGAAGACAGUGAUUCUAGACGAGCAACAACAAGACGCCAUGCAGCACAAAAAGUCAGAGACAAAUGCAAGUGCAAACUGCGUCCUUCACGGAGAAAAGUGGCAAAGAAAAAUGUUAGCUACAAAGAGGACUCGGAUGAUGUCACAGAUUCUGAUGACAUUAUCGAGGCUACAACUCCUGCUGCUGAGGAGGAGAACAAAGAGACAAUAGAGAAGGUCCUGGAUGUCCGUCUUGGCAAGAAGGGAGCAACUGGCAGCAAAACUACUGACUAUAAUGUUCAAGACUUUGGUGAUCCAAACACAAGCGCUUCCAGUCUAGACAAGUCGGGGUCCUCAGAGGCUGGUCAGGAGAAUGGUCACCAAGCAGUGGAGAUCAAGCAAGAGAAAGUGGAGGAAAUUAAAGUGACAGUGGCCAGAGAGAAGGGUGAUAAGCUGGAGAGACAAUACUUGAUCAAGUGGCGAGGCUGGGCCCACAUCCACAACACCUGGGAGACUGCUGAAAGCUUGUAUGAACAGAAAGUCAAUGGCCUCAAGAGACUGGAGAACUUCAUGAAGAAGAUGGAAGAAAUUGAAGAAUGUCGAGUUGGAGCAUCUCCUGAGGACAUUGAAUACCUGGAGUGUCAGCAGGAAAUGAUGAAAGAUCUAUACCGGUCUUACCAAGAGCUUGACCGGAUUAUAGCCAACAAUAACAGUGACUACAUGUGCAAGUGGGUAGGGCUGCCUUACGCUGAGUGUACUUGGGAGGAUGGGGAUUUGAUAUCACGGCUAUUCCAGGCAAAGGUGGAUGCAUAUCAUGCACGGCAAAAGUCUCACCGUAUUCCCACCAAAUUGAGUAAGGUGCUGAAAGUUCGUCCUAAGUUUGUACCAUUAAAAACACAGCCAGCUUAUUUGGGCUCAGAAACUUUAAAGCUUCGAGACUACCAACUGGAUGGCUUGAACUGGCUCAUUCAUUCUUGGACAAAAGAAAACAGUGUCAUCUUGGCUGAUGAGAUGGGUCUAGGUAAAACCAUCCAGAUUGUGUCCUUUCUGUCCUACCUGUUCAAUGCUCAGCAGCUCUUUGGACCAUUCCUUUUGAUUGUUCCCCUCUCCACAGUCAAUGCCUGGCAACGCGAGUUUGAAAACUGGGCACCUGAACUCAAUGUGGUUGUUUAUAUUGGUGAUGUUACAAGCCGUAACAUGAUUCGUCACUAUGAGUGGUGUCACUCCAGCACAAAAAGACUCAAGUUUAAUGUGCUGAUUACUACCUAUGAGAUAUUGCUUAAGGACAAGUCAUUCCUAGGCAGUGUACCCUGGGCAUUUGUUGGUGUGGAUGAAGCUCACAGACUGAAAAAUGAUGAUUCUUUGCUUUAUCGAUCCCUGAAGGAUUUUGACACCAACCAUCGCAUAUUGAUCACAGGCACACCUUUGCAGAACUCCUUGAAGGAGCUGUGGUCAUUGCUGCACUUCAUCAUGCCACAGAAAUUUGAUAGCUGGCCUGACUUUGAAGAGCGGCAUGCAGCACAAGACAGAACGGGGUUCACUGCCUUGCAUAAGCAGCUGGAACCUUUCCUGCUGCGGCGUGUAAAGAAAGACGUAGAAAAAUCACUUCCUGCCAAGGUGGAACGUAUUUUGCGAGUGGGAAUGUCUUCUCUACAGAAACAGUACUACAAGUGGAUUCUUACGAGAAACUACACUGCACUGCGUAAAGGUCAGCGGGGCAAUGUCUCAAGCUUCAUUAACAUUAUCAUGGAACUGAAAAAAUGCUGCAAUCAUGCCUAUCUAAUUCGUACAGAGGAUGACAAGUCUAAUUUAGACAGGCUGCAGCAAAUAAUCCGAGGCAGUGGGAAGCUGAUUCUCCUUGACAAGCUGCUUGUUCGCUUGAAAGAGACUGGGCGCCGUGUCCUCAUCUUCUCCCAGAUGGUGCUUAUGCUGGACAUUCUAGCUGAAUACCUUCAACAUCGCCAUUUUCAGUACCAGAGACUUGAUGGAUCUAUUCGGGGUGACAUCAGGAAACAGGCCAUGGACCAUUUCAAUGCAGAAGGUUCGCAGGAUUUCUGUUUCUUGUUGUCAACACGUGCUGGGGGUCUUGGUGUCAACUUACCUACUGCUGACACUGUCAUCAUCUUUGAUAGUGAUUGGAAUCCACAGAAUGACUUGCAGGCUCAGGCCCGUGCUCACCGCAUUGGCCAAAAGAACCAGGUGAGUGUCUACCGGCUGGUGUGCAAACAGAGUGUCGAGGAGGACAUUGUGGAAAGAGCCAAAAAGAAGAUGGUGUUGGAUCAUUUGGUCAUUCAGAGUAUGGAUACCACAGGUCGCACUGUACUCAACAGAUCAGCUGCACCUACUAGCAACACAACAGGGUACAGCAAGCAGGAACUGUCUGCCAUCAUCAAGUUUGGAGCUGAAGAGCUGUUCAAGGAGGAUGACGAGGAAGAACCUCAGGUGGACAUUGAUGAAAUCCUCAAGUAUGCAGAAACACAUGAGACUGAGUCCAGUGCUCCAGCUGAUGAACUGUUAUCACAGUUCAAAGUUGUUAGUUUUGAUAACAUGGAGGAAGAUACCGAUGCCAUGGCUGAUGAGAGUCAGCAAGAAGGAGAGCGAGAAUGGGAUCAUAUCAUCCCUGAAGAAAUGCGCAGCAAGGUAGAAGAGGAGGAGCGUAUGCAGCAGCUUCUGGAACUACAGUUGCCACCUCGCAGCAGGAAAACAAUAAAGCAGCUUCAGUUAGACUACGAUUCUGACCAUGAUAAGAGGUCAAAGAAAAAAAAGGAAGGAGAAGAAAGUGAUGGUUCAAGUGAAGAGGAGGAAGAAAAUGAUGACGAAGACAAGCCUAAGAAGCGAGGACGGCCCAGAUCCCAGGUGCGCGAGAAGCUGCGAGGUUUUAGUGACUCGGAACUCAGACGCUUUAUCAAGAGUUACAAGAAAUUCUCUCAGCCUCUUACUAGAUUGGAUGCCAUAGCCUGUGAUGCAGAACUGCAAGAAAAGUCUGAAGCUGAUCUGCGACGACUUGCUGAGGUGUUACAAAAGAAUGUAGAUGAAUCUAUGGCAGAAUAUUCUCAGAAGAUGCAGGAGGACCCAUCUUUUGAUGGAAAGAAGACCCACAGGGGACCAACCUUUAAGCUGUCCAGUGUCAUGGUCAAUGCCCAGGCAGUCAGUAAGGCUCAGGCCGAUCUGGAGCCCUUGGCCAAGGCUGUACCUUCUGAUCGGGAACAACGCAAAAAAUACCAGCUGAUGUGCUAUGUUAAGAGAGUGCACUGGGACUGUGCUUGGGACGUGGCAGAUGACAGUAAUCUGCUGAAGGGAAUUUAUGAAUAUGGCAUGGGGUCCUGGGAGGCCAUUAAGAUGGACACUGAUCUUGGUCUUUAUGAAAAGAUUCUACCAGCUGAGGAGCAGAAAAAACCUCAGGCCAAACAUUUGCAGACCCGUGCAGAGUAUCUUUUGAAAGUCUUGCGCAAGCAGUCCGAAGUUGCAACUGUACCAAAAGUGACGAAAGGCAGAGGAAAGCGAAAACCAAAAUCUCGUGCUGAAGUUAUUGAAAAUGACAUUUCCAGUGGUUCAGAAGACUUACAUAGCAAAGAUGAAACCAAUGAUAGCACCACUCUGGAUUCAUUGCGAACACGGAAGCCGGCCACAGAGGAUGUAGAGGCCAAGAAAGAAAAGGAGAAAGAAUCUGAAAUAAGUGAUCUGGAACUUGAUGAAGAGGUUGAUGAUAAAAAGAAAGGAAAAAGUAAACCUAAAGUGAGGGCUAAAAAAGAGAAGAAGGAGAAAGAAAAAAAAGAGAAAGAGGAGACAGAUAAGUUGGGGAGUGUGAAACAAGAGGAUGGAAAAAAGAAGAAGAAAGGAAAUAAGAAGAAGACCGAAGGACCUAUGCACUUCACAGCUUCCUCAGCUCCAGUGGCCAUUUCAGCAGAAGAGAACAGUAUGACAAAGGAGACUAACCCCACAAUAUUUGCUGAGUGCAAGGAAAAAAUGCGGCCAGUGAAAAAGUCUCUGAAAGCACUGGACAUCGGCAACAAAGAGGAGGGUGAUGAAAAAAGUGCUGUAGCCCAAAUGCGCCAGUGCCUGCUGAAGAUUGGCGACCAUAUUAAUGAUCACUUGUCAGAACUGUGUGACCCGGAGAAAAUUAAGUUUUGGCGAACGCAACUAUGGAUGUUUGUUUCAAACUUCACUGAUCUGGACCAUGAGCGCCUGCGCAAAUUGUAUAAGGCUGCUUAUAAACGGCGUGACCAAGAGAAAGAACGAAAUGAGCAAAACCAUGGUGACAUACGUGAACCCAACUCUUCAAACAAGCGACUGGAAAAGCACUUUGACUCUUCCAGGCACAACCACUCUCCACAGAAGAAGCCACGUCGUGAUGACCACCAUCGUGAUGGAUCGAGCUUUGGAAACAGUAUGAAUGGUCCAAAGACUGGGGGACAACAAGGCAACACCACACACCAUGGUGUACAUCGACCUCUACCUCCUUUCAAAGAUGCAGGGCGGCCUGACCAUGGACCUGCCACUAGUCCUGUGGACAGAUGGCAGCAUGCUAGCCCAUUGGCACGUGCUGAAGAAGUACCUCGAAAGAGAUACAGUGACGGCAGCAACAGUUCAUAUAAUCGUCAGGGUUACUCCGACCAUCGGCAAGGGGGGGACAAAUCUCACUGUGAUCAUCAUUGGUUCAACAAUGACCGAAUGCAUGGUGGAGGUGGCAGUAGUGUUGGAAGCAACAGUACUGGAGGAGGGGGAGCCAGCAGUGGCUUUGGUGGUAGCUACCAGAAUCGUGACUACCUCCAUGGCCGGCAAGACCACUUCGCAGGUGGAUUUAGAGGCGAUCGCUCCAACCAUCACCGAAGUGAGCACUACAGACCUGAAUAUGGACACCAUUACAGGGAACAGCCACAUUUCACACCGCGCCAAGGGGAUGACUGGGGACAGGGCAGCCAUCAUCAAUAUGGCGAUCGAAAACGACGAAGUGAUGAGUACAGUGAAUGGGGAGAAAGGAGACCACACAAAGAUCCUCGUCUGGAACACAAAGAACCUCGUGUUGGAGUGGAGCACAAAGACCCUCGUUUAGAACACAGAGACCCACGUUUAGAUCACAAGAGACAUUUAGUGCAUCCCCCACCCUCAGGAGAACUGGUUUUCCCCAAGCCCUGAUGCAGACUGCUGCUCUAAUAUUAGGGUGAUAUUCCCUUCCUCAGCCGUCCAUUCAGUUCCUCUCUGUGCUGGCACAGGCUGGUAUGUGUUUGUUAGGUGACUGUGCUUGUCAGAAGGCAAAUAGGUAUGUGUGGUAUUUUGUGUGUGUGUGGAUGCAAGCAGGUUAUAGAUUGUGUGUAAAUAUGUGUGCACAUGUGUACAGGUGUAUAGAUGUUUGCCAGUUGAUGAAUGCUUUUGUAUGGAUGUGUAAAUGUUUGCAUAGUUAUGUAUGCUUGUGCCACACACUUUACGCUGCUGCAUCAUUCCUUGUGCUCGGUGCAAGACCCCGGUUUCUGUGCCUGCGCCGUGACACUGGUAAAUAGUCAGGUGUGACAUUGGUAACUGACAGGGUAGCAAUGGCAGCAUUAUGUUGUGAUGAGAUACUACUGCCAGUAACCCUGUUCAACUUGUUGAAAGAUGGCAACAGUUGUGGAUAAUGAUGCAUAGGAUUCAGGGCUUUCUCAACAACUCAAGUUCCUGAAGCCAUUGUGGUUUUCAGGAGACCAGCCUCAUUGCUGACUACCCUCAUCUUAUAGCUGCUGCGCUAUGUGUUUUGUGCAACCUUUCUGUAGUGAUCAAAGUAUGUGCAUUAGCUACCAUGUCCUGCUAACAUCAGAAAGCAGAUUAUGCGACAAGAUGGAAAUUCAAUUGCAACUGCAUUUUCCCCCUCCCCCACACCCCUGUGUUGGAGAGGAUGUUCCACAAUGGUGCCUUUUCUCUCUGCUGUUGUGUUCAUUAUGAUGACUACUUAGGGUGUGUAGGUGAAUUUUCGUGAAGAGAUGGGAGAAUGUGAAAAUGCGCAAAGACUUGCCUUUGCUGAUAUAUUAAGAUGGAUAUACUCCAGGUGCCAAAGAAGGACUGCAGCAUGCACAUAAUCAGCUACUCAACUGAGGAAAGUGAUGCUUUCUUUGUGACAAAGUUUUGUGUAAGUGUGUGUGUGUGUGUGUUUUUUUUAAGCAAGAUGGGUGGGAAGCAAGUGUGCAGAAGUGAUGGAGUUCAUGUGUUGGCUUUAUUGUAUGUGUGUAAGAGAGUGGUGGGAGAGGGAAGGGAAGGAGUUAGCCUAGAUAAGGAAUUGGUUGUCUUAGCGGUGAGCUGCUGGACCAGUCAAUCCUUAUCAGUAUACACUGAACCAUUGUGCACAACCUCAGCACUGUAGGCAAAGCAACUUGAAUAGGCAGCUGUCAGUGAAACCCAGGCUUCAUAACCUGGUACUUUGCAGAUGUAACAGACACUGGAAGGUGAUGUUACCUCACUGACACCAACACAGCCCUUCCUUCCUACUGUGGACAUUGUGGAGGGUGAUUUCAUACAGACAUCUCACGGGAAGGAUAAAACAUCGCUUGUCUUAUCCCUACAGACUAGUCUCCUGAAUUUUCACGAUGGAACUGGUAGCAAGCUCUUUACAUGCUGAGCAUGCUGUGCCAACAUCUUGACCUUUCUUUGUGAUGCUGGUAGAUCAGAACUCCCAGUUUUGUGCAUCUGAAGGUGUGGAAAUGACAACAGCAGACAGACAAGGAUGCCAUGUUGCUGUCAUGUGUUGUUACUCUGCCUAAACUGUACUGUAAAAUUACAAAGACAGAAGCGAUGGAUAAAAAGUCUUUCGAUUGUCAUUUUAUUUUACUUCUUUCUUAAAGUUUAGGCUGAUUUAUUCCAUGUCUGUGAUUGUUCCAGACUAGAGAGAAUCAUGCUAGGCUGCACAAGGGUUGAUGAGUGUGUUGUGCUCCAGUGAGUGAGGCUACGUAUGCGUCUUAUACCCCAAACUGCUCAGAACAGUUGACAUGUACAUAAGUAUCAUUCUGCCAUUAUCAAACCAUUGCUUAGGAGUCCUUUAUUUUUGAUGCACCUACAAAUAUAUGUUUAGGAACACAAGAGGUUGUUCUUUUGAAAAGCAAGACAGUUUACCAUUAUGUUCAUGUUACACUUCAGAAAAAGCCUUCAUGGUUUCAGAAAAGUGGCAAAAUGUUUUCCAAGGCAAAUUGAAGUUUGAAUGGAAACAGUUUCUCUUGAAAGAGUUAUGCAAAUGAUAUUUAUAAAAUCUGUUGCAUUCAAUUUUAAAUAAUUGCAAUGCAUUAAAUUUAUUUUGAAAAUGGCAAAUUUUAUGCCAUUAUAUUACUAGGGAAAGAGAAAUAGAGUGAUAUUUGAACCGUUUGACCAAACACCUAUCCUGUGUCCUGGUCAGAAAUAGGAAUGGGUGCGUACAGGCAUUUUUGUCCCAAGAAAAAAAACGAACUUUCUAUCUGGAAUUGAAAGAUCGUAAGAAGAAUGUCAAUAAUGAAAUAAAUGAUUAUGAAAUAGGUUAAAACUGGGGACAUUGCUAGAAAUUCAUACAGCUUAUAAACAUGCCAUUAACAUUAGUGUUUCUUUGGGGGCAGCGGGGGGGGGGGGGGGAGACUUCCAUGAUCUCCAUGUGCUGGUUAUUUAGAUCACUACAAAUGCCAAACAACACACCUCUUACUAGUAUUAGAGCUAAAAAAUGGCUUCUGUUGGUUUUAUUUUAAUGUAGGUUUUUUUCCUUUCCCAUCUAUGCUCAUCUUGUUUGCACAUGCGCGCACACACUUUUCUGUAAAAGGACAAGUCCAGAAGACACCACAGAUUUGCUUGCCUUUUUGAUCGGUGAAAGGGAAACCACAAAUACUUUUAUUCAGAAAAAAACCCAGUUGAAAAAUUAAGUGGAAACUAUGUGAUAGUCUAUGACUUAUUAAUUUUAUUAUGGUAUAUUAAUAUCUUUUGAUCACAAACCCAGGUGGUUGACAGCUUUUUUCCCAUGUUUUACAUGUAGAGUGUUUUCAAGGAUUUGUAGAACUCAUUAUUACUGGGCCAGUUGAUGUACUUAGAAUGGAGAGUUAAUCUUUAAACAACAUAGUUUAAUGAAUAUGCACAGAAAUGCAGCAAAUGCAGGCAAAGGACAACUUUAGUAUUUACUUAAAAAAGGGGGAAAAUCUGAGAACAUUAGCUUUUAAAGAAACCUAGUGACAAGCAAGAGCCCUUGUUCUUCUUCAUUUUUCAUUGUGUUUUUAUGUUUAAUAGCUGUUGUCUGUUGUUUGUUGCUGCUAAACUUAGAAGGAGCAGUCAGCUCUGUGCAACGGUAUCUUCAGGGAUGUACACUGCCAGUUGUGAGCAGUGCAUUCUUUGCGCUAUAUAUAUAUAUGCACGUGUAUGUAUAUAUGGGUGGGUAUGACAUGUUAUAAUUAGGUGUGAACACAGCUUGGGGUAUGAUGCAUAGAUAAAAAAGGUGAAAAGCAAAGGUUUUAAGAUUACUGCUAUGGCUACCAGCAGUUUUAUUUCUUGUUUCUCCCAGGAAUGGGUUUUAAAAAAAAUCAUAGCUAGACAUUUAAAGUGACAAACAUCAUAGAGGACACUUGCAGUUUUUUCCAGACAAUACCAAGAUGACCUGUGUGGCCUUCUAGCCAUAAAACACUAGCCUCCUGUUGUUUCUUCAAACUUGUUCACAUUAGCUGCAGAAUACCAAAGAAUUUAAGGGUAAUCUUGUUUCCUGCAGUGAAUUAUGAUUGGUGGUGGUUCUGUGCUGAUAUUGAAUUCUCUAGAGUCAGUAUUAUUUUGUAUCGUUUCUCUUGCCUUAACGCACAUAACAUCUAUAUACAUGACAUUGAUGGUCUUAAUCUGUAGUCCAUUAAAACUGAAUCUCUCUGGGGCUUUAAAUAAUACAAUUACUUUAUAAGGGAAGAGUUUUUAGGACUUGCUUAUUCUGUUUGGAGAAUAAUCCCUAAUAUAUGCAUUGUCCAUUCCUUUUUUGUUUUCUUAUUUGGUUGUCAGGCCAAUAUCUUAUGUUUUAGAUUCGCUCAUGCUGACAACAGAUUAGUGUGUUGGUCAUGUUGGUUAGUUUUUAAAAUGAAUUUGUGCAGUAGUUACCGGCUGUUUCGCAUGCUUUAGAAACAUCACAACAUUUUCAUUUGGAACCAUUAUGAGAGUAAUGUGAAACCCCAAUUCUAAAAGUUCUACAGAUAAUGAUUCUUAAAAAUAACAUUCAUAUAUAUGCCAAGUCUCAGGGAUGUAUAACAUACACCCAUCAUAGAAGCUAGAAAUAUGCAAAGUCUGCAUAGAUAUUCACCAGCAAAAAGUUCAUGUCAUAAAUACCUUUGUAUUCACCUUGGUGUGAUGAGUGGGCAUACCUGAGAAGUGAGUUAUGAUGUCUUCACAAAUGUAUGCUGUCAAUCAUGAGAUAAACAUAUCUUCAAAGGACCCAUGUGCAGGUGUGUAGGUAUAUAUGUGUGUGUGUGAGAGAGAAUGUGCGUGUGCAGAUUGCAUGUGGUGAAGUUCAGAAAUGUGGAAGCUCUUGUGUUGAGUGCAGCUUCAAUUGUGUCAAUUUUUGUGUCUUUAAUGAUAACCAUGGUUCUCAAAUUCCUAUUGAGCUUUGUAUGUAUAUGUGAGCGAUUGAAUGCAGAGAGUCUGGACUAGAGAGAGAGAGGGAAAUUAAUUUUGCACUCGAGCUCGCAGCAUGCUAUGUGCAUAGAUGGCAGCAUGAAGUUUUCCAUUUUAAUCUGUCUGCUAGAAGCAACUCUUUCACCACUCUAGGUCUAUAUAGACUUUGUGACUUUCAUUCAGUGUUAGAUGGAACCGGUGAUUUAGUGAGCUAGGUGAAUUGGUGGAAAAUAUUGGAGAAUAUUGGCUCAAUACAAAUUUUAAAUAAAGACAUGCUGAGCUCUCUUCAUUAAUGAGAGCUUAUUAACUUGGUUAAAUGUAUUUGGGGGGGGGGGGGGGGUUGGGUUGGGUGUUCAUACCAGAGAAAUAACUUUUCCAGUUUUAUUAGGUUGCUAGAUUACAGUAAAUUUCCAAAAACAGAUUCUGAAGUAUGCAGAAAGUGAGAAUGGCAUGAAGUCAUCAUUCUAGAAGAGUAAUGUUGGGUCCUGUAAAAACAGGAAGUGAAAAUAGGUAACAAAGCAAACAGCAAGCACGGAGUUGGGUAAUUGAAUAAAAAAAAAAAAUUGAUAAAAUAGACUUCUAUUGCAAAUGGAGAUUCAAGAGUGAAAGGAUAAACUUAAGGUUUCUAGAAUGGCAUAUUUCUCUUGUUAAUCUGGAUCAACUAGACUUUGGGAAAGAAAAAGGCUUUUCUCAUAUCAUAUCCACUUGCCUGGUAUUCCUUGGUGGGAUGUUUGUCGGGACAUAACCAUGCCAUACAGCCAUCUUUGUCAUGUUCAAGUAAACUCUGUGUAUCUGAACUUGUUCAUGAUGAUUGUAAGUUGCACAUCAUGUUUGUAAAUGUUCUUAUUUAAAUGCCAUUUCAUUGACUUGACAGAAUCUAAGAAAAGAAACAAAUAAAAUGUUGACAGAAUGA